CGAUUGUCGCCCCACCAACGGCAUUUAUUUACGUCGCCCAGCCUUGCGUACAACCUCGCCCUGGCUUCAAGACGUCGUCCACCCUGGCAAACAGAAACGACUGCAGUCAAACACAAUUAUGCACCGCCUUUAAACAACACACAUAUCGCUUGAAUACUAUACUAUCGCAUCCUCACUCUGAGCACCGCUCACCACCCACAAUGCUCCUAACCCAAUCCCAAGUCUCCGUCUUCAUCUCCGCCGUCACCAUCUUCUUCUUUACCCUCGCACUCUUCCUCUCCGGCUACGUCCUCCAACAAAAAACCCUCACCAACCUCCGCGCUGCGAUCCGCCCCUCCCACCUCUCCACACCCUCCGACGCACAUUUCUACACCCCCUCCUCAAACGAUGCGCCCUCACCCCUCCCCAACAUCUCUCCCCGCGACUCAAGUCAACUUAUCGAAGUCACUACCACCCCGCAAACAAACUACCUUGACUUUAUAACCUCCUACCUCCCAUCCUCCGGCAAACCCACCACCCCCCGGCGUGGCGGCGGAGUCGUCAGCACAGCGAAUAAGAUGAUCCACCGAUGGAUUGCGCGGGUGCGCGGCGAAGAGAUAGAAGAGGAGCAGGAAGAAGAAGAUGAGAGUAUACCAAUGGAGCAGUUAUCGCGAGCAGCGAGGCGGAGGAGGAUUAAGGCGCAGAUACGGACGGAGGGGGAUGGGGAGGAUGUGGAUUUCAGUAGGGUUUAUAGGCCGAGGAAGAGGGUGUGGUGAGGUGGGGGAGGUAUGGGUAUGAGGUUUGGUUUGAAUUUUGGAGUUUCAAAGGCGGAUAGAGGGGGAGGAGGGAUAGCAUGGAAUCGGGUGGGUGGGAUAUUUGAUAUAUAUGGAGUUCUAUGUAGGAGAUACUUACGAGAUCAAAUAACGACGAAACACGCCUCAUCCUACUGAGUUCGCGAAGAAACUAUAAAUUGGCUGCUCAUCUUUCUGUGGGAGAGGUUUGAACCCAGAGAC